GGUCCGCUCUGCCCCGCGUUGGUCCGCUCGGCUCCGCAGUCUCAGCGCAGAGGCAGUGCUAGCUUUGGAAACAGCCACAACACACCAGAGACAUGAAGGACAAACAGAAACGAAAGAAGGAGAGGACCUGGGCUGAGGCAGCUCGACUGGUCCUGGAGAACUUUUCAGAUGCUCCGAUGACUCCCAAACAAAUCCUCCACGUGAUCCAGACCAAAGGACUCAAGGAGAUGAGUGGCACGGCCCCUCUGGCCUGUCUGGUCACCAUGCUGCACUCCCAGGUGAGAGGAGACCGCGUCAAGAACAGCAUCUUCUUCAAACUGCCUGGACGCAUGAGCCUGUUCACUCUCAAGAAAAAUGCUCUGCAGUGGACCAAGAUGGCGGAGGAUGCGGAGCUCCAGGCUGAGGCAGGCAGCUCCAGCAGCAGUCCCCAUGAGGCGGGCUCCGCUGGGGGCCCCUCAGAUGCCACAGAGCAGGAGAGCUGCGAUUCCACAGAGACCACUGUGGCAGUCAGCGGAGACAACGAUGCGUCUGUGGAUGAGAGCUCCUCCAGCCCCCUGUGCUCCACAGAGACCCCAGCCCCGGUCAGUCACCCCCAGACCCGACUGAGCAGAGCAGCUCAGAGACCAGACGCCCAGCGGCAGCCACCCCCCCACGCCCAGACCAGGCUGAGUCGAUCCAGACAGUCAGGGAGACAGAGGAAGAAAGCUGUCAUGAUGCCUCGUGUGGUCCUCACACCUCUCAAAGUCAAUGGAGAACAUGUGUCUUCAGGCCCCAUGAAGAGUCGCAGAGGAGGUGUGGAUGUGGACUUUGAGACUCCCGGCUCUAUUCUGGUCAACACCAACAUCAGAGCUCUGAUCAAUGUGAGGACCUUCUCUGCCUUCCCCCCACACUCCCAGCAGCAGCUGCUGCAGCUCCUGCCAGAGGUGGACAGACAGAUCGGAGCUGAUGGAAUGGCCAGACUCAGUAGUUCUGCUCUCAACAAUGAGUUCUUCACCCACGCCUCACAGAGCUGGAAGGAGCGUUUGGCUGAAGGGGAGUUCACUCAUGAGAUGCAGGCACGCUUCCGACAAGAAAUGGAGAAAGAGAAAAAGGUGGAGGCGUGGAAAGAGAAGUUCUUUGAGGAGUACCAUGGACAAAAGCUGGGACUGACCCAUGAGGAGUCCCUGCAGCUCACCAUGACCGAGGCUACAGAGGUGGCUGCCACAGUGCUGGAGGAGGGCGUGGCUGCUGUGGCCUCCAGUACCCCCAAGAGACGCAGUGUGGGGCGCAGGAGGAGGGAUGGGCGCAUGAGGAGACGUGCCAGGGCAGACCUCAGGCGCAGGGCCCGCCGACCCCUCUGCAAACCUGCCCCUGUGCUGCCCCCUACAGACACAGAGGUGGCAACUGCACCCGCAGAGGUUUCUGAGGUGUGCGAGCCCGUUCCUGUGCCUGAUGCUGUGGUACUCACAGACCCCAUAGAGUUCCCUGCAGAGAGCACUCCCAUAGAACCAGAGCCCGUGGAGCCCACCCCUCUGCCAGAGCCAGACCCCCCUUCCAGCCCAAGCCCCAGCCCGGCUUCUACCAGCGCCAACGAGGAUCCCGAAGUGCCCCCCAGCCUGUCUGUGGAAGAGCCUGCCGCAGCCUCCACCUCAUCCCUGUCCUCCUCCUCUUCCUCAUCCUCUGCGUCAUCUCCUGCCUCCUCCCCUUCCUCUCCUUCAGAUCCUCAGGCAUUCGGGGCAGGACUGGACUCGUCCUCAUCGGCCUCCAGUGCCGCUGUGGUGGCUGAUCCUCUGGAUGACACAGCUUCUAUAGUCACCUCCGUGACUGGCACAGCCACCAGCAGUCGGGAGAGCAGCCCCUCAGCCAGCCCUGCACCCACCCCCACCCCAGCGCCCACCCCUGCCCCUCAGCCCAAGGAGCAGAAGAGAAGACCAGAGAGCCAGGACUUUCGCAGCUUCCCCGAGAAAAGACCCCGGCUCAAUGACCAGCAGUCCUUUCGUACCACAAUUACCAGUGUGUGCUCCGAGAAACCGCAGCCAACAACAGAGGAACCCAAGGUGCCGCCUAUACGGAUUCAACUGUCCAGGAUCAAACCUCCCUGGGUCAAAGGUCAUCCCACCUAUCAGAUCUGCCCCCGGAUCGUGCCCCCCGGCCAGGGCUCGCAGCGGUCGGGGACGGGGGGCGCGAGAACACUGGCAGACAUCAAGGCCCGUGCCCAACAGGCCCGUGCCCAGCGAGAGGCCGCUGCUGCUGUUGCGGCCUCUGCCGAAGGACCCUCGCAGAGCACGCCUGGGGUGCAACAUAGCCCUGGGAUACACAAUAGCACCAGCGCCCGAGGGCCAGAGCGUUCCCUGUGUGCAGAGGGACGCGCACCUACAGGCACUGAUUCAGCUGGAACACAACUACAGCUUCCCAAUGUAGAAGCCCCGCCCAGUGCUCAGCCCUCACCCGCCCCUUCCACUACCUCCACAACAGUGUCCACAGAGCCCUCACUCACCCCCAGCCCCCAGCAGGACACUGCAGAAGAGGACAGAGCCAGCUCUCAGCCUGACGGCCCUGAAGACAAGCCUAGCGAGACAACCGCCUGCCACUUCAAGUCUGACUCUGAGCAGGAUCAGCCUGUGGAGAGUGUCCCUGCACCCACAGAGGCCCGCACAGAGGGUCUGACCCGAACUCUAACCCCCACCUCCAUCCCCGACACACUGCCAAGGUUUGGGGCUCAGGGUGUGGAUGUGAGCCAGAAGUUGCCGUGUGCCCGUUCAGAGGAGCCUGCCCCAGGUGUUAUCCAGCAUAGCUCUGAGGUCAGUCCUCCUUCUGUGACCCCUCCCUCUGUCCCACCCAGCGCCCCACCCUCCUCCUUGACCCUCAGUGUGAAGGAAGAGGAUGACGGAGCUCAUAGUGACUCCACAGAGACAGCCUCAGACGGGGAGACAGAGGGACAGCAGGACCGGGGCUGGCGAUCAUCAGGAGACAGUCCACAGCCUAACCACAAACCGGUCAUCCAGUCCCAUGUGUCUGGCCGCUGCGGGCCUACGGUCAUCCAGCACUGCUUCAUGAACGGCCUCUCCCAGCCACACGACUCCAUGGACAGCCUCUGCGACGGGCCAAAACUCAGUGAAGUGAAGGUGGAACCCAGGGACAGACUGAGCCCUCCUGAUCCAGACAUUGCCAAACCCAGGAGAGCUAUUAGCUCAGCUCGGCCUCUGUCCACUGUGGAGGCCAACAACCCUCUGGUGACCCAGCUCCUGCAGGGCAGCCUUCCCCUGGAGAAGGUGCUGCCGUCUCAUGGAGCCAACAGACUGGAGAUCAGGGGUGUGCCCGCUGCUCAGCCUGCGUCUCCCUGUGUGGAGGCCCCCUCUGGGGCCCCCUCUGUGCCCCCCUCUGGGGUCCUGCAGCAGCAGGUGCCUGUCAUCACCUCUCAUCCCUCAAGCUCAUCCAGGUGUAAGCCUGAGCUUUCAGACUUUACUCUUAAAGACAGUGUUUGUCCUCAGCCCUCUCAGGGGGCUACUCUGGACCGAACCAUGCAGGCCACUAGGACCAUGCUGACCGACCCAUCCCCUCCCCACGCUGACCCCUGUCCCACUGAGACUGUGCCCCACAUGAAGCCAGGCUCCUGGGCUCCUCAGACCCCUGCGGCUGCUGUGAAGAGUGAGGGGGGCUUUCGGCCCUCAUGUCAGGACGGGGCCUCCCCUGCCCUUCCUGUUAGUAUUACCAAAAAAGAGCUGCUGAGCUCUGUGGAUGGCUAUCUGAGUGGGGGAGCCAUGGAGGGGUUGCUCAACAUGGAGCUGGCUUUGGCACGGAUGGCUAAGAAGGACCAGCACAAAGGCAGUGGCUCGGGGCCCCUACCCUUCCAGCUGUACGGGAAGCUGCCCAAGCAGGGCCCCGGCCUCAGCUACACAGCCAAUGUGUCAGUGAUGGACAGCGGGCUGUCCCUGCGUCCCCUGCAGGCCUUCAGCGACACUACAGAGGAGGUGGCCCUUAAGUGCUCAUGCCGCCUUAAAGCCAUGAUCAUGUGCCAGGGCUGUGGAGCCUUCUGCCACGACGACUGUAUCGGCCCCUCCAAACUGUGUGUAUCCUGCCUGGUGGUCAGAUAGUCUGCCCCCGCUGGCUGCUGUCGGUGUCACAGAGCCUGAUGAACAACAUUGCCUAAGUGUAAAAUAGAACAAGUGUUAUUGAGCAGAGAGGAGGAUUUGCUGUACUGUUUUAUUAUUGAUAUAAUUCUGGUUAAUAUAAUUGUACAUUUUGGGCAUGAUGGAUUUGUAAGUUGUGCCUUUUGUGUUAACUUGGAAACAUUACCUCAUCUUUAUGCCAUGUCUUGUUUUGGUUGCCAGCGUUGUCUUGGUUCCUUGUUUGCUUAACAGGGCCUUGUUAUUUUCUUGUGCAAAUAAAUAUUUUUUUAACCAUGAA